CACUCAUCCCUAAAAGGGGGGUUCCGUCCAUCCGAUCCGGCCCUAUUUAGACGAUUUUGAUAUUGAAAUUUUUUUUUAAUUGAACGUUAUCUCUUGUAGAGUAACAUAUACUCGUCCAGACGUAUUUUUUCUAAGCAAUUUAAUUUAUUUUUUGACUGCACAGGACACCGGCGGGCUUGCCUCUCAUGUUCGCGCGUUUUCAACUACAUUUCAAGGAUAUGUUUAAAUAAUUGUUUAAUCUUUCCGACCAAAAUCAUAUUAAAAUAUUAUCCAGAAUACUCAUAAACACCCAAAUGCGCGUUCAUAUUAUCAUACAAUCGGCCCCGAGACGGUAAUUUUUUCCCCAAAAAUUAUUUAUUAUUCAUGCGUGGUCUUGCGAUAUAUCGUCGAAGCGCGGAAUAACUCCGCCACAUCCAGAAGCAAACAGAGCUAUGACGAAAUGGAAACGUAUACCUAAGUCAGCGCUACUGAAAAAUUUUUUAAGAAUGUUUCAGGGAUACCAUCUAUCGACAAUAAGUCAAGUACUUACACCUUCUGAACGUAUCACGUAUAUAUUAUUUGGUACUUUGCCGAGUAGGAUUUACUACUCAUAUAAGAAACGCUGUUACGUGGUAAGAGGACAAGCAGGCUAUUAUAAAAACGAUCUACGGAGAAAAAAAGGAAAAAAAUAUAAAGUCGUUCCUAGGUGGCAGUAUUAUUUGAGUAAAUUGUCACCGAUGAGUCUAAUCAAAUCUGGAUUUGAAUGUCUUUCAAUCGGAAAAGCUUUGCUGUUUGGAGGAGGUUUCAGUGAUGGUGACGAAGAGGAAGAUCUAGAAAGUGGUGGUGCAGAUCCUGAUGCAGGUGGUGGUGCAGAUGGUGAUGCAGAUGGUGGUGCAGAUGAUGGUGCAGAUGGUGAUGCAGAUGAUGCUAAUGAUAAUGAUAAAGAGCCAGGAUUAUUAUCAAAGGGUAUGAAUAUGGGCAAGAGUAUGUUAUCGCCAUUGUUAAAUUUAUUUGGUGGUUCUAAGAAUACAAAUAAUGACAAUAAUAAUGAAAAUAAAGAUGACAGUAAUGACAAAAAAGAUGAAAAUAAAGAUGACAGUAAUGACAAAAAAGAUGACAAUAAUGACAACAAAGAUGAAAAUAAAGACGAUAAGGAAGGUGACAAACCGGCAGACUCCACAAACUAUAUGGGAAUAGCUAAAGACAUAUUGACAAGUGACACUACCAAAGAUGCUUUAAAAACUGGAAUCAGCCUUUUAGUUCCUGGAGGACCAGCAAUUGUAAAAGCAAUAGAUACUGCUGAAAAAUAUCAAUCUGCGGAUGAAAAAAUCGAUAAAGUGCAAGAUAAAAUACCUAAAUUAAAAUAAUAGUCUAUCUAGCCAUUAAGUUUAAUUCAAAAACAAUUUUUUUAAUUUUUUUAAACCAUGCGAGAAGAUGUUUUUGUUGAUUAACUAACUUGAAUAAUAUGUUUGCAUGUGUUUACAAGUUAAGUUUAUUAUUUAUUAUUACACUAUACAGUUAUUAAUGUAAAUGGUAUGACAAUUAAAAAAAUUA